AUGGUCGCACUCUGGAACAAGAAAAAGGACGACCCCGAAAGACAGGAAUCACAGACUAGGGAUGAGGAGGGGUCUUCCAGAAACUAUCAUGAACCACACUAUCAAGAGCCAGAUGAGCGCACGAGACUCCUCCCUCGCGAUAAUAACGCUUAUCUGAGACCUGAUGAUCCUGCAGUCUCUCCGUAUAACCUCUGGAGCGUUCGAGCUCUACGAGCCCUCUCUUCAUUCUUCCUUGUGAUUAGCUUUAUAUGGUGGGCCUUCCUACUCGUCUCCAUCUUCGUCAGCCCGCCGAUGAUGCACACUCGGGGUUCCGGAUUCUUUAGCUUCGCCUACACUUCUUUAACAGUCGGCUACCUGAUUAUCGCGCUCCUUUUCUUCUCCGUACCGUCAAAGCCUAUGACAAUAUGCGGCGCGAUUCUAUUUGUCUUCCUCUUGGUUGAUAUGUGCAUCAUACUGGGCGUAGCUCACAUCCGUGUCGAAGAAGGUUGGGUGGGCAUCGCCUCGGUCGUUUGGGCAACGUUCAUCUCCAUCUAUGCCAUUGGGCAGAACCGCUACGUCGCAUGGGGCAAAAAAGAAGAGGAAGAGCGUCUGACAGGUCGCGAAGAGACACGCCGUCCCCUCCGAGAAUGGCUGGCCGUGCUGAUUGCCACCAUCAUUAUGGUAGUCCUCGCCAUCGUUUCCGUCCUCUUCACCGCAACGUUGAUCAUCCGCAUUCAAGACUCCUCCCUUGCUGCACCAGGCAAGAAAUACUACGUCAAUGGCAACCACUACCAGGUCCAUCUAAACUGCGUCGGCAACCCAGGUCGCAAAACUGAAGAUGGAGGCCGCAUUCCCACAGUUUUAUUGGAAGGUAAUCACGGACCAGUCGAACACACCUUGCAGCCAUUUAUCGAUGAUGCGUACCGCAACGGCUCCAUCGAACGCUACUGCUACUGGGACCGGCCGGGAUACGCCUGGUCGGACAACGCGCCGUCCCCUUACUCCGCCGGCAUGGCAGCUGACUCACUUUCCGAGGCGCUCGCUCUUGCCGGCGAAGAAGGCCCCUGGGUCCUAGUCUCAGCCGGAGUAGGCGGCAUCCACAGUCGCAUUUUUGCCAGUCGACAUCUCCUCGAGAUAGACGGGAUCAUGCUCAUCGACACCCUGCACGAGGAUUACCUAGACAGUCUGGGCUCACCGGGACGAGGUUUCAUCCUCUGGAUUCGGGGUGUACUCUCUCCUCUUGGACUCGACCGACUCGCCGGAGCCAUCUUCAAGGGCCGGACACGGGAGGACCGCGUCAUCGGUCGUAGCGCCUAUCAAACUGCUAAGGUCAUCCGGGCCAAGUUGCAGGAGAAUUUGGUAGCCAAGUCCAUGACUGCUUCGGAAAUACAGACCGCGCGGCACGUACAGAUGCCCGACACGCCGUUGACGGUCAUCAGCUCUGGUGUGGAAGUUCGGAAGAGUGAAAAAUGGAGGAAGGCCCAGGAGGAAUUGACGAAAGUGACGAAGAAUCUCGAGAACUGGGAUAUUGUUCGCGGGGCACCACAUGAGGUGUGGAGAUCGGCUGAGGGCCGGUCGAUCGUGGAGAAAAGAUUGAAGCAGAUGGUCAAGGGUAAGGGGAAGAAGUGA